AUGGUGUCUCUCUCGGGACCCUUUAGUGAUAGCGCCACACCAUUGAGUCCUAAUGAAGUUCCCAGGUCGGCAAGUCCUCACAUAAUCAAACCACCUACAUUUCCUAAUAAACAAAGAUCGUCGUCUACAAAUUCUAUCACAUCAAACCAUUCUAUAAUCAAUGCAAACAGCAUCAUUCAAGGGCAGGGCAACACCAGAAGAACAUCUAUUGUGAGUUUAGAUAGUCCCAGAAAUUCUAUUGUGUCAAUAGACGAUAUUAGGCCGACCAGAAACAGUAGUUUAGUGAGUUUGACUUCGUUAACAAGCCAAGCUGCAGGUACAGCUAGCUCGUCAAAUGUCAAUAAUAACAAGCCUGUGAAAAAGCAUAACAGGAGCGGUUAUGGCUCAGCAGUGGUACUAUCAGAUGAUGAAUCGGAUGUGGAUUUAGUAAAGACUGCCUUUAGGACUCUACCUAAGACCAAAAGACGUCGCUCAUCAGAAAGAUCGCCAGUUGAAACGCUUGAAAAUUUCAAUUUUAGUUUUGACGAUGAAGGUAACAGAAGCCAUAAUAAAAGUCCCAGGAUAGUGACUUCUUCUAUUGCGUCUCCUCCGUUGCUCGAUGUCAACGACUUUGAACCUAGCAACACUCUCUUGCAACAAAAAGGAGGCGUCAAACAUAAUAAGAAAGCUACGCUAAGUCGUCUGUCUAUAUUUUUGAAGAAAAAAAUAUAUUCCAAAGAUUUGCAGUUGGAGCUUUUGAACCACAACUCUCAUCUUAAUGGUCGUGAAGCAACAGAGUCAAAAUUUUUUAAGAAAAAGAAUCUGCUGAAUUCUAAGAAUAAUACUAAUUACCACAGCGAAUUGAGUGAAAGUUACUCUGAACUGAACAAAUUGAUCAAUGACUUAAACCAAAAAUGGAAUAAGUCAUCCAACGAGAGUCAAGUCGUUGACAUAUCCAUAAACUCAAAGAAAAGAUCGCGGGGAUUAUUCGAAGAUGACACCGAAUAG